AUGCUGAUUCAGUUCAAGAGUGGUAUAGCAACUAGCUUCAUAACAAGAGCAUCAGCUGUGAAGAGACUCCAGUUAAAUCUUGUCAAUUUCAGGAGGCUGUGUAUUCUGAAAGGGGUGUAUCCGGUUGAACCAAAGAGUAUCAAGAAGGCCGGAAAGGGGCAGAAACUUCACAGAACCUAUUUCAGAUUCAAAGACAUCCAAUUUUUGGCUCAUGAACCCAUCGUUCAAAAGUUCAGGGAUCAUAGGGUUUUUGUAAGGAAAGUGAGGAAAGCUAAGGCCAAGCGAGAAUGGACAUCAUUGGACAGACUUAAUCGCAAUGAACCCAAGUAUAAGCUCGAUCACAUUGUUAAAGAGAGAUACCCAACGUUUGUUGAUGCUCUCCGUGACCUUGAAGACCCUUUGACCUUGUGCUCAUUGUUCAGUACAUUUCGUAAGAAUGCCAAAGUGAAGAGCGAAGUUCUCCCCCUCUGCAGACGACUUGUCGUAGAGUUCAUGAACUAUGUCAUCGCAUCAAGGUCACUCAAAAAGGUUUUCCUGUCCAUCAAAGGGAUCUACUUCCAGGUGGAGAUUGAGGGACAGCUAUUAACAUGGCUCAUUCCGUAUAACUUUGGAUAUUCGGUGCCCGGUGAUGUUGAUUUGAAGAUCAUGUCUACAUUCACAGAGUUCUACACCACUCUCUUAGGUUUUGUCAACUUCAAACUCUUCACAAGUCUUAACCUUCACUAUCCUCCCAAGUUGUCAACAGUAGUACAGAGCACUAAAUCAGAAGCCGACCAGGUGGAAGAUGACGAUACGGUAGAUGACCUUAUAGGUUCCUUUGUACAUGACCUUGUAAAGGUCAACCAGGGGUCAAGUAUCGAUGAUGAGGAAGAUGAAGCUAACCAACAGGAUCAAGACCAGGAAGAAGCUCUUAUUGCUGGUGGGACUGUGGAUGAGGAGACUGUGAAGAAAGCAAGAGAAGAAAGAGAUGAGAUGAAGAGAUUCAAGAAGUUAUUUGAAGGAUGCAAGUUCUUUCUUUCAAGAGAGGUACCCAGAGAAGCCAUCACGUUUGUUAUAAGGUGUUUUGGAGGACAGGUUUCUUGGGGCAAGACAAUGUUUGUUGGAGCUCCAUAUGAAGUGUCAGAUGAGACCAUCACACAUCAGAUUAUAGAUAGACCUCAGCAAGAAAAACAGUAUUUAUCAAGGUAUUACAUCCAGCCCCAGUGGGUGUUUGAUUGUGUGAACGCUCGUCGUCUGGUCCCAUUAGAAGACUACUUCCCCGGAGUUUCCCUACCCCCUCAUCUCUCACCGUUCGUUGAAGAUAAAGAAGGUUCCUACAAACCUCCUGAAAGGCUAGCUGGACAGGAUGAAACCAAGAAAGCAGAAUCAGAUGAUGAAGAGGAGGUAGGAGAGGAAGAAGAAGAGGAAGAGAUCAUCGGUGAGAGUGAGAAUGAAGAGGAUUUGGAGGAAGGCCAGAGUAGUGACGAGGAGGAGGACGACGAUGAGACGAGUAUAGACGAUGCCGAGAAGAAGAGGUUACAGCAGCUCCGCAAACAAGCACAAAAACAGAAGACGAAGCUUUCUGUAGCAGCAGGAGAGGUUGAGAAGACUAAUCCUAUUUGGGAAGCCGAGAAGCUAGCAAGAAUGGAAAGGGGUUUACAGGAGAUGAUGAUACCAAAGAAAAGAAAGAGACUGUAUGAAAGGCUUAUGAAGAAGAAGAAAGAACAAGCAAAAGAGGUUCGGAAACUGAAGGAGAAGAGGUUGAAAUAUGACCAGGAACAGAAAGCGAAGAAAAAGAAGACGACAGGGACUUAAGAAUAAAGGAAGGACCAAUACCAAUAACACCUUAUUAUAAAAGACUCUUAUGUAACUAUGGACUCUGGUAUCUUUUAUCUGAAAACACUAGAGAUUCAGCAAAGCAUGUUUGACAAGGAUAUCAAGAGGACAUUAGUGUUUUACUCUCCCACACUGGAAAAAGUAGUGUAAAGAACAACACCAGUAAAUUUUGUGAGAAGACCUCAUCCUCAAGUGUUAGGAAUACACCAAAGAGUUUGAAUACACCAUCAAAUGGUGUAGAUAUGAUAAAAAACAGAAUGUGGUAUAAAACCACCAGUGUUGAACUAACACCAAGAAUUCAAAACUGGUGUAAAGUGCUUUGAGCAGUCCUCUCACAAUUGGCUGGUGCAGUCUAAACACCAUUAUUUUUGCAGUCCACAUGAAAGCUGGUCUUUAUAUUCAGUGAAGACUUUCCAAUUAAAAAUAGAAUCAAAGAGUUUUUAUUCUCUCAAUUGUAAAAAGAGAAGAUUUUAUCGCCCACUUUGGGAAUAUUUUAUUAUGUGAAGACGAGGUCUGUAGUAAAGAAUCAAUGCCAAGGAAGGGAAAUCGACUCAUAAUUUCAUACUGUUUGAUUGUUGAUUUGUCAAUUUUCAUUCGCUUAGUAACAUAGCACCACCCCCCCCCCCCCCAGCCCCUCCCAUGGAAGUAAGUCCCCAACCUGAACCACCAUGCCAGAAUGAAAGAAAGAUCAAAAGAUCCAAAUGUAUAGAUUUUUUGCAUCAUUACUAUUAUGACAGAGUGAAUACCUUUCUUUCUCAUGGGCUUUACUGAAACGCAGGGAUUAGAUUUAACACGAUUAUGUAACUUCCUGAAGUAUUAUAAUAAUUGUACCAUAUUUGUCAAAAGCUGUGAACAGACCUUACUGCUAGUGGCAAAAAUUAUGAUUCAUCAAAUUGUUAAAACAGAGAAGAACAUUUUCCCAAGUGUGAUCCCAAAAUACUUUAUGCCUCCUUCAGAUAUGGUGCAACAAAGCUUAGUAAUUUUUCACUGUUCAGACAUGACACAAAUCACCUAUCGGCAUGUAUGAUGUAAUCAUGUAUUAUUUGCUUCUAGUCCCGAAAAGUGGACGACAGUUGCAAAGAAAAAUUCAUGACAUCAUAAUGUUAUAUGAUGUCAUCAUGUCAUUGUCAGUAGAUAAAGCAUGAAUUGCCUUCCAUGCAAAAAAAAAUCCAGAUUUUUUGUUGGUGAAUGAUUAAAUUGUAUUUGAUGAAAAGAUGCUUGCUUUUACAUGUAUCAUCACAAAUAUAUAUUUUGUGGAACUUCCA